AAAAUAACGACAGAUAAUUUGUUUAUUGUCACUGUUAUGCUGACGAAUGCUGACUGCGACAGAUGAACUGACGAAUGACGGCUAAUGGCGGUUGUAGAAGAAUGAAGUGGUAGACGAAAGCUGAAUAAUUGACGUCGGCUUGAUUGUAAUAAGUGGAUUUUCUAGAUGAUUCGUUAAUUAAAGUAAAAAGUGAAAUUCAUAUAAAACUAUCAAGAUAAAAAUCCAACAUGAAUACACAUAAACUUUUAGGGAUACUUAUUGUUUUGAUAUGCCACACUUUUUAUAACCCAACUGAUAGUGGAGCUGUACAAAUUACACAAAGUAAUUUAGAUAUGGUUUUAGCUUCAAAUGAAAUUGUAUUUAUUAAUUUUUAUGCUGACUGGUGUAAGUUCAGCAAUAUGCUGAUGCCUAUAUUUGAUGAUGCGGCGGACGAAGUGUCAAAAGCCGGCUAUGAUCCUGGACAAGUGGUUAUGGGGAAAGUUGACUGUGAUAAGGAACCUUCUGUAGCUACAAGAUUUCAUAUUACCAAAUACCCUACUUUAAAAUUAUUCCGAAAUGGAUUACCAGCUAAAAAGGAGUACAGAGGUCAGAGAUCUGUAGAAGCUUUUGCAGAAUUUAUUAAGAAGCAGCUGACUGAUUCGGUUGUAACAUUUAGUUCUUUAAAAGAGCUUCACAGCUUGGCGGAAGAUAAGAGGCACAUCAUAGGGUACAUGGACAGAAGGGAUCAAAAGGAGUAUGAAGUAUUGCGAAAGGUGGCUGCUACUUUGAAGGAUGAGUGUAUAUUUCAUGCUGGAUUUGGAGAUGCAUCUCAACAAAUGCAUCCACCAGGACAACCAAUUGUUGUCUUCAGAACUGACAGGAAAACGUCUGCUGAUCCCGAUGAAACUUACACGGGAUCUCUAUUAGAUUUUGAUCAGCUGCAUAGUUGGGUUCAAAAGAAAUGCAUACCAUUAGUCAGAGAAAUAACAUUUGAAAAUGCAGAAGAACUCACUGAAGAAGGGUUGCCAUUCCUGAUUCUGUUCUAUCAUCCUGAUCAUCCGGAGAGUAUUAAGAAGUAUAAGGAAGUUGUUUCAAUGGAACUGGAGUCUGAGAAACAAAAUGUCAACUUCUUGACUGCGGACGGAGUGAAGUUUGAGCAUCCUCUGCAUCACCUUGGCAAGUCGGUAGCUGACCUGCCUCUGAUUGCCAUCGAUUCCUUCAGGCAUAUGUACCUGUUCCCCGAUUACAAGGAGAUGGACAAGCCUGGCAGGCUGAAGGAGUAUUUGAAAGAUUUGUAUUCCGGAAAAUUGCAUAGAGAAUUCCACUACGGCCCGGAAUCACCCCAAGUGAUUAUGGUGAAUAAUGAUGUCAAGGUGACCACACCGCCCGAGUCUACCUUCAAAAAGUUAGCUCCGUCCAAAAACAGGUACACCCUACUCAGAGACGAAUUAUAAUUCGAUUUCAUUUCUAACUUAUUUAUUUGAAUGAAUUUUUUUAAUGUACAAAAUGCAAAAUGUUCUCAUUUCGUCAAUACACCUGCUUCAUUGUCUUCAAAGUGCUGUUUUGUUUAUAAGAAUCUAAAGUCCUUUUAAAAAAAUCUAAUUAUUUUAACUAAAAUCGGUCUCUUUUCAUCUGAGCGUACCGACAAUGUAACAGAAAGAGAUGAAAGAGUUAAAAGUGCAAUUAGAUUUUUUUAAUUUUGUGAAUUAGUUCAUAGCUUUUAUAGAAUAUUGAAAUUUUAGGUAGGAUAAUCGAAUAAUUGCAAUUUUUUAAAUAAUUUCUGUAAUGUAUUAAAAAUUAUACUUGAGUGUUAAGGUCUUAGAACAUCUGAACAUCAGACAGUGACAUGGUUUUCCUUAAUUUGUAUAAAAAUAUAUAUUUUGUAUGAAAACUUCCUAAAAUAGCAUAUAAUUAUAUGGCAUUUUUAUUAAAAAUAUUCAGUUAUUUUACUGUUGAAAAAUACUUUACGUUAUGUGACCGCUAUCAUAAUAGGCUCACACAUUGGUCACGUGACAUACAAAUUAGAUUAGCCUUAAAAAAUCACUUUUAAUAUCAAUAUGUUAAAGUCUGUUAAAUUCUUUAAAACUAGAGGGCGCUAUUACCACUAACCCGAUAGCGUUUUUGCUUAAUCGCCAAAGCUUUGAAUAUGAUAAAGUAGCAAUGGCGCGAUGUACAGGAAAUAACAUUACGAGUCUCAUAUAUGAAUUGCGAAUGAACUUGGCUUAUGUAUUCACUUAAAUGUUCAUAUAUCUGAGGAUUGUUUAAUUACAUUAAACUCGUGAAUUGUUAGUCUAUUGCAUUAUGUUAAAUUGUAUACAAAAUAUUAAAAUAAAAUCGUAGAAAACAACUUUUGUUUUGAUUACAAAGCAUAUAGCUGACAUCGUCUUGUGUUAGGAAUGAAAUACGCAAAAAUGUCGGCUGGGAAGUAGUAUUUUAUUUAAUUGCAAUAGUAAAUAUUUAAAUUUACUAAUUUCUAUAAAUUUCUGAAUAAUUUUAAUUAUUAUAUUAAUAGUGGUUUUACAUUACAAUUAUAAAUAUGCAUUUAUGUAGAUCAACUGCGCAUUAAAUUAUAUUUUAUUUCUUCAUGGUUUAUUUUAUAUCUACCCGUUAGCUAUAUUAGUUAAAUCAUUACUAUAUGUGAAUAGAUAUGGAAUAUUUUAUUAUUGGUUUUAUUAUACCCAUUAUAAAAUAAUAUUAAUUUUUCUACUUAAAUUCCAAGUACAAAGAUAUUGUUUACAAAUAAAUUCUCUGCUGAACCGAUAUAAAAUUAACUAAAUUAAUUCAAAAACAAACAAGAGUUAUCUUUUUAUUAUACUUGAUUAUAUCUAAUCUUUGAUUUAAUCCUUAUAUCUACUCUGAUAGAAGAUGAUUGCUGAUUUCUAAACGGCAUUAGUCAAUUGUCAUUGUGAAAUGGCGCCAUUCCUUGAUAUUGACAAACGUCAUUUUGUACUUGGGAAUUAAGUAAAAAAAUAAAAAAAAUUUAUUAAAUGUAAAUAAUUAUAUGAACUUGCAUACUUUCUAAAACUCGCAAAUCAAUUUACCCUCCAGUACACCAAGGAGAAAUUAUAAUGUAUAAUUAAAUAUAAUUAUUAUAAAAUAGGCUUAAAUAUAGAUUUAAAUGUAUUAAAAAAUCUUUCAACGCACAUUAUGUAUUGCAACUGAUGUUAUAAAUGAGUUUGUAUACAGAAUUGAAAAACUUUUUUUGGAUCUAGUGGAAAAAACAGAUACAGUGCCAAUAAUAAACUAUAAAGAUAAUUAUAUCAACGACGUUUUAUCAUGGUACACUUUCGCAUUUAUAAUAUUAGUUUUCAAAAAGAUUUUUGUUUGUUUUAUUUUCUCCAUUUAAGUCACUUUUUCUGUUAUUUAUCUUAGACAAGUUUCACUGCAAAUUAACUCUAUCAUCUAUAGUUCGGUCGAGUGCAGUCUAUUUCCCUUCCUUGUUAAAUUUCUAUCGUAUUUUGACAGAAUUCUGGCCUUGAAAGAAAAGUAGAGAUAACUUAAUAACUCCUUUGUUAAAACGUUUGACAGCUCUUGAAACUUGACACUCUGGCACUGACAGAUGCGAGAGUUAACUUGCAUUUUCCUUAAUUUUAACUAAAUAGGUUUAAAUUGUUCUCGGUUUUGGUAUACGCUUUUAAAUAUAUUUUCUUUGCGAUAUAUCCACGAAUAAAAUAUUGGUACUAAUACUCAUGUACUUUUAGUUCUAGAGUUUCUAUAAAAAUACUACUAAUUACAAGUAUUUUUACAAUAAUUGUUUUACCAAAAUGUCACUCAUGCAUUGACAAUUAACACCUCAGUGAACCAGGAUUGCUAUACAGCAAACCAGUUAGUAUUAUUUUAAAUUAAGAAUAAACGUGUGUGACAAUUAUUAGAUUAUCCCAGUGCAUUGUGCAAUGCUCGCGAAAAAGACAAUUAUAGUUAACAUUAGAAUUAGUACCAAUAUGCCUUUUUGAAUUUUUCCAGUCUUACUAGAUUCUCAGGUAUUCCAAAAUGUAUUAAUCCGGAAUAAGAAUUGUCAAUUAUACUCUAUCUCCCUCAUUCACAAUAGCUAUUUGAUUGUCCUUAUCGCUGGUAAGACGUUGUUACCAUGGUAACCAUUUUACACGGAAUAAACAUCGUUGCCAUAGUAAUAAAUGAGCUUGAGCCGAUUGUAGUUUGAAUAGUACACUGGUUUAGAAUGCGUUUUGGAAUAUGGGCUCAGACCUAUUGAUUUGUAUAAGCCGAGACUUCGCGAUAACUAAGUUAAUGUCAACUGUAUUUAGAUUUUAACAUACACGAGUCAAGAUUCUGAGUUCGCGCCACGUCUCGGCUCUAAAUCUUACCUUCCGGUAGCACUCAGAGUAGUCAAUUAAGAAUAAAAGGUCACUUAAAGCAUUUAGUAACUUAAGUUGACUAUAGAUCCAUCCAGAAUCUAAAAAAGCCUCAAGUUAUGGGGACAUUAAAUUUCCUAGCUAAGUUUAUAUAUAAUCGACCAUUAUAGAAAAUUGUCGACUCUGAGUACGGCUGAUUUAGUAUAUCACUAUGUGUCAAAGCAAUAGAUAAUCAGUAAAUUUAAAUACAAUGUGUAAAUGAUUGUACAAAUUGUACGUUUUGUGAAGCGUGUAAUUAAAUUUUUAAUCCUUU